GGAGAAGACAAUGUCAUUGAUGAUGAUGUCGAUGACGGUGCUGAGUUGCCUUAUGAAGGCCACGGCCUGAGCAAAGCGGUUGAUGACAAUGAGGAGGAUGAAGAAGAGGAAGAGCCACGUGACGGUGCUGCUGAUGGACACGGCGACGGUGAGGCGGAGGACGCUGCUCCCGGCGCGGCGGUGGGAUCAGGCAGCAGCCCUGCUGCAAACAGUGACGCCGAGCAGACUCUUGCGAAGGACACCAGUGACACUUCUACGUCUGCCACAGUUCAGAUGUCCGUUGAAGCCAAUGGGGAAGUGUCACAGGGAGCCAACCGCACGCAGGCUGAUGACAAUGCCCCAUAUGAACCUCAGCCGGCCUCAUCACCCCACAACGCAGCAACGCUUUAUGGCAAUAUCUUCGCCAAUUUGAAGAACAUUACUGGCGUGAGGCCUGAUGAAGGAAACAGCGACAGCGCCGUGCGUGGGUGUGUGCCUCGGUUGCCGCUUCUGGCUCUGCUGGGGUUGUGGGGCAUUGCGGCUUUUUCUGUUGGAUGA